AUGCCUCGACUCGUGCGACGCAGACCGCUCUGGGAGCGCAUCACGUCGAUGCUCAACCCCAUGGACUUUCUGCUGUGGCUGUCCGAAGAGAUGGAGACGAGAGACUGGGACUCGAACCUGGUAGGCACGCAAGUCGGCCUGGGUCUCAACUUUGUCUUCCUCCUGGCGCGCGCAAACUCUGGCUCGGCAGCUGCUCGCGAUGACAUCUUUGCGGAAGACGGGGCUGUAGGUUGGGUGUCGUUCUUGGUGUAUCCCCUGGUCUGGGGCCUCGUACUCGUGUCCAUCACCAACGCCAUCUACACCAUGUGUCGAACAAGAAAGUACAGGAUGUUCGAAGCGAACAUUGAUGUUCAACCAUCGACGCCAUCCGCGCAUCGCGUCAAAGUUCAGUCGUCACCUGUCACCUCGUCGCCACUUCGAUACAUCGCCGACAUGUUGACGCCCGAGUCGGCCGAGUCGCGCGCACAUCCCGAUAAGAUUCGAGACGUGUGGGAGCUCUCUGUUUGGGACCCUCUACCCGUGUCCGUCAGGAUGUUCUGCUUCUUCAGCCCGGGCCACGUCCUCGUCUAUCUUCUCUUCCUUCCGCUCGCGCCUCUGGAUCCUCGGCCUAGCGUGGCAGUGUUCAACGCGCUGGUGAUGCAGGCGGUCUUGUCGGCGCAGCUCGUCCUCUUCUCGUCACGCUACUCCCAGCAGGCCAAGGACGGCGCCAUCAUCCAGAAAGAGGUCAUGCACGAGUACGACGCCAAGUUUGUGCACCCUCGAAUCCAUCCCGUGGUCAGAGAUGUGGGCACCCAGAUGUCAAACGACCAGCCUGUAAAGGCACGGGAGUUUGUGCAGACGGGCACGCCGACGACGCUCAUCAGGCGCAGUUUCGUGGCGCGUCACAACCCCCACGUCGACUCCCCAGAAUCUACCCCUUCUGUGGGCAGCAGUAAUGUGAUGAACCCGCAAAUGUUCACACCACCAACAGCCACGCGCCGGGUGGAAAUCCUGAACCCGAGUAUCAAUCAGAGCGUCACGCACAGAAGUCCGACAAUGAGGAGUAGCCUGCCCGCUGGAUAUACCCCCGUGGCAGCACAGACCAGCGGUGGCAUACCACCUUCAACAGGAAGCAGCCACAACUUCGGCGGAAGCAUGGGAGUUUACUCGCACAACCGAUCCCCUCUCAAGAAAGCCAUAAGCUUGGGCGACAUCAAUAAGGUCGAUCAGCCCUCGCCAAGAAACUCGAGGGAGAUGGCCGCGUACGAGCAGCGCAACUGGGAGCCCCCUAGGAGUCCCAGUCCGACCAAACAAUCCAAUCUCCGAAAGUCGUAUAGCGCCAACCUCAACAGCUCGCCGCAUCCUUUUGCCAACAUGGGCAAGCACAGGCCUGGGUACGAGAGGUUCCCAUCACGACGAUAG